CUACCAUCGCGCUCGCAGAACCCGCCUCCCAAGGGCUUCUUCAACCCCGCGCCAACAAAGGCAACGACGGCCGUCGAUGCUGGCGCUGAUGGAGCACGCGGCAAUGCGAGCAGCGUGGGACGACCCCGUCGAGAGUCCAUUGGUCAGAUGAGGAGAAAAGCCUCAGAUUCAGCAACUGCAGCAGCCUCCGCCGGAGGUAUCGGCCUCGCCUUUGCCAACAACAACAACGGUAGUCGAGGCCAGCCGAUCCCCGUUGGCAGAUCCGCCAUUCGAGGAUUCUCAACUAGUCCAAGGUCGGGUCCCACGUCCGAUGCUCCCUUCUCGACGUCUUUGGGAUCCGCCGCCGAGGCCAUCUCCUUACCAGCCUCGGUCCUUAAUAGCGGCGCAAAGUCGGGUCGCUCAACAGGUCACACGCAUUUUGGCCAAGAGUGCUUCGGCCCUGAGCCAGAUGAGCCCGCCAUCCCCAACCCUCCUGCCCAUCUGACCAAGAAUGGAUCAUUGCCAUCGUCAGCUCCUGACGGCAGCUCAGGGUCUCUGCCCAACUCGUCUGCGCUCCUUGCUGCAGCCGCAGCCGCUCGUAGAGGCUCGAUCGCAGAGUCAUCCAACGCCGGCGACGACGACGCCUCGUCCGUAUCUGGCGGCAAUGGUGGCGGCAGUGGGCGCAACGGCAAAGAACUUCCCAUUCACCGCUGUGAGAGCUGCAACAAGGUCUACCGCCACCCGAGCUGCCUCGUCAAGCACCGCUGGGAGCACACCGUCUACUGGAAAGAGGCGUCCAAGUUCCUCAUGUCCAAGCACCAGCAGGUUCAGCUCCUUGAAGCCGCCGCUAUCCUUGUCAACAUGGAUGGCGACUCUACCAGCCUGCCCGAUGAAAAGGCUCUCUGGCCCGCAGCUGUGUCCCCUGCCACUUCGGGGCUGCUCGGCUCAGACAAGGUCAACUUUGACAAGAUGAUGCAACGCAAGGUCGCACGACGAGGUCGAUCGUCUAGCUCCGCCACAAGUGACUACGACGCCGCCUCCACCGUAGGCGGCGCCCGCCCCUCGUCGCUCUCCCGCUCAUCGAGUGCCGGCAUGAGCCCGCUCAACAGCUUCAGCAAGCUUGGCCUCUCUGGCGGAACGCCGGGCUCACACUCGGCUCGUCCCGCACUUGGCACCUCCUACAGCAACUCCUUUACGCCCUACUCGUACGGCUCCCUCGGUGGGACUCACCGACUCAACUCGGACAUCCAGCACCUCGUUCUCGAUGAGUCUGAUGAGCGUACUACGACUACGUCGACCGACAACUCGGACGAUCGUACGGACAGUCGUGACCGCUCUGGCUCGGCCGAGACGACAGAGGACGAUGACGAGGACGACUCGCCGGGCGGGGAGGGCGCCAAGGAGAAGAAGAUGUGGGGCUUGCACGAGGACGCGGUCGCGGAGAUGGACAUGGAGGAAUGA